AUGAAAAACAAAGUCCUUUACUCCAAGAAGAUGAGUAAUUCUGGUACCAAAGGAUCGAAGAUGGUGUUUGUGAGGAUCUCGAAGAGAAGCGAAUUAUGGGAGAAUAAUAAUAAACAUCUUUAUGAGUACAGUGUGGGAAGCGACAAGGUGACUUUGUCUUUAUACGGGGGCCGUCGUGGAGUGUUCUACGAAUGUAAAGGAGUUUCGAGAAUAGGUGUUGAAGAAGAAGAGGGGUUUGGAAUAAGUCUAGGAGAAGACGAGGCUGCAUUCCUUGAAGAAUUCCGGUGUAGUGGGCUUCGAAGGAAUAUAAAGGAGAAUCUAUAUGCAGGUAGAAAGAUACAUAGACCAAUUGAUCCUGCAAUCAAUCUCGACUUUAGCAGUGAUGGAGGGGAGGAAACCUUGUUCCUUGGGAAGCGGAGAUGA